AUGAGUGGCUCUGGAAAAGGUCUUCUUGGGGUGUGGUUGUACAGAAGAGGAGAACACUGGGCUAUCAAAGAAGGAAGUCCUCUACACAAAUCGAGAGAUAUCCCCAUGGUCGAGCGAAAGCAGAACGGCGACAACAAAAAUUCUGUCGUCUUUUCGUUGAAAAAUCAAGUCGGUGGUUUGGCACGAGCGUUGCAAGUAUUCCAGGAUCUGGGUGUGAAUGUCAUUCAUAUCGAAUCACGGAAAUCGAUGCGACGCGGUUCGGAAUUCGAAAUCCUCGUUGACGUCGAAUGCGAUUCAAAAAGAAUGGAGCAAUUAACGAAAAUGUUAAGUCGCGAAGUUGCUGCUAUUAAUUUAGCGCAGUACGAAGAAAUGGGCAGUAUUCCUCACGCUCCAUCGCUUUCUGCCGCUCCAAGUUUCGAUUUCAGUGAAGUAGACAUGCCCUGGUUCCCACGAAAAAUAUCGGAUCUAGAUCAGGCUCAAAAAGUGCUAAUGUACGGAUCUGAAUUAGACGCAGAUCAUCCUGGCUUCAAAGAUCCGGUGUAUCGUAAACGUCGUGUACAAUUCGCCGAUAUCGCGAACAGUUAUAAAUAUGGUCAACCAAUUCCUCGUGUACAAUACACGUCAGAGGAGAUCCGAACAUGGGGAACAGUUUUCCGCGAAUUGCAUCAACUUUACCAGAAACACGCUUGCAAGGAGUAUUUAGAGAAUUGGCCAAAAUUAGAGAAAUACUGUGGAUAUAGAGAAGAUAACAUUCCUCAAUUACAAGACGUGAACGUAUUCUUGAAACGAACAACUGGAUUUCAACUUCGACCUGUGGCUGGGUACCUUUCACCUAGAGACUUUUUAGCCGGCCUUGCUUUUCGAGUAUUUCAUUGUACGCAAUACAUUCGACAUUCGUCGGAUCCGUUUUACACACCUGAGCCAGACUGCUGUCAUGAAUUGUUGGGACACAUGCCACUUCUAGCGAAUCCAAGUUUCGCUCAAUUCUCGCAGGAACUAGGACUCGCCUCCCUCGGAGCUUCGGACGAAGACAUCAAUAAAUUGGCAACUCUCUACUUCUUUACCGUGGAAUUUGGAUUAUGCAAGCAAGACGGUGUGCUCCGUGUUUAUGGAGCUGGUUUACUGUCCUCUGUCGCAGAACUGAAACACGCAGUUUCCAUUCCCGAGAAAACCUUUCGUUUCGAACCGGACAUAACUUGCAAGCAAGAAUGCAUCAUUACUGCGUUUCAGAACGCUUACUACUACACUGACAGCUUUGAAGAAGCUAAAGAAAAAAUGCGGGCAUUUGCUAAUCAAAUACAACGUCCAUUUGGCUUGCGCUAUAAUCCUUAUACGCAAUCGGUGGACGUUCUUACGGAUGCUCAAAAGAUUACAGCGGUGGUCAGUGAACUUAGAGGCGACCUUUGUAUAGUUUCGAACGCCCUCAAGAAGAUUCAUGAGCAGGACGAUACAGUGGACGUUGAAAGGAUAACCAGUCUUUUAACACAAGGUAUCGAACUACCUCAAGAUACAUCGUCUUCUGAUAGCGAUAUCGAUAAAAGUCCUAAUGUCGAAGCACCCCAGAAACCAAUACAAGAUCAAAAUAAAGAAUUUUCUUCCGAUGGUAAUAUAGUCAGCGCACAAGAUUAA